UCGUUAUUUAUUUUGUUUAGUGGUGAUGUCCUUCAUAAAAUACGAAAUUAGGUUAAUUUCUAAAUUUGUGCUUAUUGUUUUUAAGAAAAGGUGAAAUUCUAUAAUUUAUUACGAAUUAUACAAUGUGAGACGCAUUUAUGUUCCCAUCAACACACACCAAAGUCAUUACCAACAACAACAGUGUUUGGAUCCGAGUUAGGUUUAUGGAAAGCUGAAAGGUUACACAACCAAGGCAAACUGUAACUUACGAUGUGUUGCAAUGGCUUCCUCUAGUUCAAGAUCUGUUAAAGUUACUGAUCUCAACCCUCAUCUGUUGUGUGUUUUAUGUGGGGGCUAUUAUGUUGACGCCACCACCAUCAUUGAAUGUUUACAUUCCUUUUGCAAAAGUUGCAUUGUACGAUACUUGGAGACAAAUAAGUACUGCCCGAUUUGUGAUGUUCAAGUUCAUAAAUCAAAACCUCUGUUGAACAUUCGCUCGGAUCGUAAACUACAAGCGAUUGUCUACAAAUUGGUACCGGGCCUCUUGCAAAGAGAAUUGAACUGCCGGAAAGAGUUUUAUAAGAACCAACUAGAUUCGAAGUUGAGCAGCAGUGAAAAUGUGGCCGCAGCGUUGGAGGACAGCCCUGUAUGUUCCGAGGGGGAGACAUUCUUGUUGGGUGUCCAAUAUGUCGACGCAUCUGCUGAGUCACAUAACAAGAGAUACCUGAGGUGUCCUGCGGCCAUCAAUGUCAGUAUUCUACAUAAGCUGAUGAGAGCCAAGUUUGACCUGAAAGAUGCGCAGAGAGUGGAGUUCCUAUAUGAGGGAGACCUGCUGCCCGACCACAUGUCUCUCGUGGACUUGGCCUACAUGUAUCACUGGAAAAGGAAAGAUCCGAUUGAGUUGGAAUACAGGUUCCUCGAGUGUCAACAGAAGAGGAUAAAACUGUCACAUCACGAUGACAAUGCAGGUGUUGAAGAAAAAUUAAACGUAGAGCAUGAGGCAGACCGAGAGGUUCAGCUGCAGAUCAGCGAGACUGGAGUGAUGAGUGCGCAGAGUGUGGACAGCGUAGAGGUGACGUCAGUGAAGGAUAUCAACCUAGAGACCAUGGAACUGGUCAAGUCAUUGGGCAACCAAGUCACACUGACCUUCGACAGUUCACCAGCCAACAGCAAAGUCAAGAUUAAGCAUGAAAUACCAACCAACAACAACACUAUCACCAUGGAAAGUGUUAGCGAAGCUCCCAAAGAUGUAAAUUGCGUUAAAGAUGUGAAAGAGGAAGCUAGCGAAAGUAAAGAGAUUAUUGUGAAAAAAGAGUGUCCGGUAAAAGAGAACACGAAAGACUCGAUUAAUGUAAAUAAUAAUGAACCAGAGAAAAACAAAAGCCAUGCGAUCAAUUCAUCUCUCUCAAUCACGGUGAUUCCUGUGGGGAAUAGGCCUACUGCCAGUACUCCUGUAUAUCGUCAAAAAGUUUAUCCUGGUGCCGUGAAAGACAAUUCCAAUCAGUCAAAGCAGUUCAGAGUGAAAGAAACACCAAAUGAUACUAAGCGACCGGAAGUGACAAUUAAACCGACUUCCGAAAAACCGGAAUUCCCAAAAUCAGGCAAUGCAGCUCGUUACAAGACAUUGAAAACCCCGAUCAAACCGUGGAAUCCCACUAUCCCAAGGGCGACUAUUAUGGCCAUGAAGCAAGCUCAGGCGGCGAGUCAAGAAAAAGAUCCCAGUAAACCUUCACCAAAACCUCCUAAAUUCUUUAAGAUGCGCAAUGUGCCUCGGUUCCUAGGCAACCCAGCGUCAGGAGUGAAGCCGAUGUAUCAGGUGUUACCGGGCUCUGAACUCCCGACUUCUCAGCCGAGCUUAUCACAGACUUCAAAAUCUACGCCCUCCUCUGAGCUGACAGUGAUGAAGAUCGAUCCAAAAACUCUAAACCCCAUCUCUGUACCUCAUCCUAAAUCAUCAAAAUUGAACUCAUCCUCCAGUAAACCACCUGUUACUUUUACUCCAGCUCAUAAACCAUCGGAGAGAGACUCGGUCAGUGGUGUGAAUCCUAUUCGAAAUCCAGUUAGUAAAAGUAAUCUACCAUCCAGAGGUCCUAGUCUGGCUCAUUCACAGAGUUUCCCAUCCAGUCCGUUCGGCCUCCCUUCACCUCAUGUUUUAUACCCGGGGUUUCCUAGACACUUCUCCCCGGUGGAUGCUGCAGGCAAUCAGCUGUCUGCGGACAAUCAGAUACUGCGGGCCAUGUCAAUGUUGUGCUCUCCAGGUGCAGCUUUCCACCCCUCUCUCCCCCCCUCCAUCAGCAUGCUCUUCAACCCCCACCACCCUCACCAUCGGUCCGCACCUGACAAGUUGAACUUCAAGUACAAUCCUAGCGAUUUUCACAAAAAUGCUACCGGUACCACAACAACACCAUCAGUUCAGAGGAUACCUCCUUCUGGUCCUUCGUCUAAAAUUUCAUCGCCUUCUCCGAAUAGUAGUUUUUCCGAAUCCCUCAGCUCUCCGGCUGUUGUUAAAGAAGAGAAACAUCCAGCAGGAGAGAAAAGUGAAGCACCGUCUGAGGAAUCUAGAAGUGGAAGUUUGGUGCCAUCAAAUGAGUUCAAAUCUAAAUCGACGCCUCCCUCGAGCAGUACAGAACAAGACAAUCCCCUACCCAGAAUAGGCAAGACGAGUCCUUUGCCUAUAACUAAUGGGUUAUCUAGUAUUACAAAGAAUAAUCUAGACAAAGAAUAUCUUCUGAAACUGCACAAGCAAAGUGCAAGUGCAAAACAGUGUAUAACGGAACCCGCAGAACAAAGUAAAAGCGCAGAUAAUCAAAGAGAUGAUUCUAAAAAGGCAGUUGACAAUAAUAAUAGUAGUUAA